AUGGACGGCGAACGAGCACCUCUGUUGCCUAACAACGCCGAGGAGGAGGCGGCGGCCGCACGCCAGCCGCCCAUCCCCAUCUGGCGGCGAAAGCGCAGCAUACUCUGGGCACUUCUCGUCGUUGUCUCUGCCGCUGCCGCCGCCGUCGCCAUUUUCCUGAUUGUGCGUCCCGGCAGCCACGGCAAGCAUGGCAAGGAGCUCCGAUACCCGGGCGAGUCCAUCGCCUGGACACCCUGCGGCGAGAUUGCCGACAAGCCGGUCGAGUGCAGCUCGAUCGACGUGCCCAUGGACCAGUUCGACGACGAGCGCUCCGGCAACAAGACCUUUUACAUUCCGCUGAUGCGCCGUCGCGGCGGCGCCAACGCCACCACCAACAUCCUCCUCAACCCGGGCGGACCCGGCGGCAGCGGCCUCGACUUUAUGCACCGCAAGGCCGGCGCCGUGCACACCAUUGUCGGCGAGGACAAGUUCCACCUCUUGUCGUUUGACCCACGCGGCAUCGCGGGGUCGCGGCCCCGCGCCGAGUGCUUCGACAGCCCCGACCGCCGGCUGGAGCUGACGCCGCAGCUGACGGACGACCCGGAGCAGGACGCCAAGCUCUGGGGCGAGACGGGCAACUUUAUGCGCGCGUGCGCCGACAACAUGGGCGAGCACGGGCCGCACGUCAACACGCCGCAGACGGCCGCCGACAUGAACUCGAUCUUGGAUGCUGUCGGGCAGGACAACCUCUACUACUGGGGUUUCAGCUACGGCACCGUGCUGGGGCAGACGUACGCGACGCUGUUCCCGAAUCGCUCGGAGCGCGUCAUUGUCGACGGCGUGGUGGACGAUUUCCUGUGGUACGACGAGCUGCUCAUGGAGACGGACUUUGUCGACACGGGCAACGCCUUUUCGGGCUUCUUUGACGAGUGCGCCAAGGCGGGCGAGGCCUGCCCGCUGCACUUUGUCGCGGACACGAAGCGCGACCUGGAGCGCAACGUGACGCGUCUCAUCGACGGCCUCAAGGAGGACCCGGCCACCGUCUACGUCAACAGCACCUUUUUCGGCACCAUCAAGUACGAGACGGUCAUGGGCGGCGUCUUCAGCAGCAUGUACAAGCCUGAGGGCUGGUACGCGCUCGCCGACAACCUCGCGCAGCUGAUGCAGGGCAACGGUACCGGGGCCCUGACGGCCUGGGGCGGCCUGGGCCGCAACUUUAGCGACCCCGAGGCCGGCAUGAGCGAGUCGGGCCGCUUCGUCGAGUUCAACGACGCGCCCGCCGGCACCUCGCGCUGGCCCUCCAAGAAGCGCGACGCGCUCGACAUUAUCUUGCCGUUUGUCAAGGACUACCUGCCGUACAGCGCCAGCAACGUGGGUCACUACAUGGGCCGCGCGCAGUGGGCGAUUCCCAAGGCGCACGACUUUCGGGCGGCACGACACGGCGUCGAGACGCGGCACCCGCUGCUGGUGCUCUCGACGACGUACGACCCCAUCUGCCCGCUGGUGAAUGCGAAAGUGGCGCGCGGGGCGUUUGUCGGCGCGCGUCUCGUCGAGGUGCAGGGCUACGGGCACUGCUCGCUGGCGAUGCCGUCGCCGUGCUCGGCGCGCAUCGUGCGGGCGUUCUUGGAGACGGGGGCGCUGCCGGAGGAGGAGCACACCAAGUGCCCAACGGAGGGGCCGUAUUUCAUGAAGCCGGAGGAUGAGAAGAAGAAGAAGCAGAAGGAAGAGAAGGGCAAGAUGGAGGCGUUGGGCAUGGGCGAGGACGAGAAGCUUAUGGCGGCGCUGAGGGAGCUGACGGAUGCAAUUGAGACGCCUCGUAGAUGA